UCAAAGAUUGCAAAUUGGAUUACAAAAAUAUGGAGAUCUCCAAUGGGUCAUAACUGGAAAAACUAAAAUUAAAGAGCUCCAAGAAAAUUAUGAUGAUCUGUUGAUGUCUACUUACAACUUUGUGCCUCUUAGUAAUAUACAACAGUAUAUUGAUCUUCCAUCUAAAGAAAUUAAUUUGAUUGCUGCUGUCAUAGACAUUCGUCCUAAACGUCAAAUACACAAUCGUCAUGGAGAAGCUAUAAUCCAAGAACUUGUUCUUGUGGAUAAUGAGUUUAACAUAGCUAUACUUACAAUGUGGAAUAAUUUUGUUGACAACGAAUGUGCUGCAAUCUCAAACAUCAUUCACAAGAAACCAAUUAUGAUUGGAACACGACUCAAAGUGGUUUGCUACAAUGGCAUGUCAAUAUCCACAAAAAACUCAAGCUGCUUUUUAAUUGAACCUCAGUUGGAAGUUGCUAAAGAUCUUCGUGCCUGGAUAACUCGAAACAACUGCAUCCUCAAUGAGAGGAUCACUCAAAAAGCAUAUCUUCUUCCUGCAACAAAUCUUUCACCUCCUUCUUCUGAUCAAAUUACUGAUAUAAGCAAGAUAAAUGACAUGUUAAACAUGCAAACAACUUUCUGGGUCAAAGCAAUUGCUAAAGUCACAAAUUAUGGCCAACCAUUUUGGUAUAUGGCAUGUCCCCUUUGUAACAGAAUUACUGGAUCUGAAUAUGGGGAAACUUUUCACUGUCUAUAUUGCAAAAACAAUGAUCUCAAAGCAGUCCCUAGAUGCAGAAUAGAUGUUGAACUUACUGAUUCAUCAUCUUGGAUUACAGCAACUGUAUUUGGGGAAAUCGCAGAAACAUUGUUCUCAUGUAAUGCAACAACCCUGAUGAAUACCAAAAUUAAGGCAAGUGAUAGCAUUCCUAACGAACUUCCCGAACUACAUGACAACAAAGAGAUACUAGCUUACAUUAAGGCAGUCAAACAGGACUCCACUGAAGGAUGGAAAUUCAACAUCACUUCGUUCUUUAAUACAACUCCACUCUCAAAUGAAGAAUUAAUCUCUAAUGCUUCAACUUCCCAUCCUAAUCCAACUCCACUUGUGAUUCUUCCUGAAAAGAAACACAAAGCUACAGCUGACGAUGAGGAGAAGAAACAUGAAACUACUAACGAAGACGGAAACAAUCACAAGGCUUCUAAUGAAGAUCAGAUGUAGUAAAAAGUUUGGGUGUGAUAGAAUUGCUCUUUUGUUACUCUUUUGAAAAAUAUUUUGAAAGUUCCAUGAUGGAAUACAUAUGUAAAUAGGCCACUUGUUGGAACACUAUAUCAUAGGCUUUCACUUUUGGAAGCUCCAUCACUACUGGAUGGAAUGAAUAUGUAAAUAAAUAGGCCACAACUUAGGAACACUUUAACAAUCUUUUGAGUUCCAUUACAACUUGAAAUGAAUCAUGUUGCAACAUUAAAAAUUUUUGCA